AUGUCAAUAUCUGCGUUGCCGCCAUCUUCAGCACACCUCCUACGGUCCUCAUCUUCACUUCCUGACCCUCUCUCCGUGGUCAAGGAGCUUGUUGAUAAUAGUAUUGACGCGGGUGCUACAUCAAUCGAAAUUACAGUUGCUCCCAACACCGUCGACAAAGUUCAAGUCCGAGACAAUGGUUGUGGGAUACAGGUGGAUGACUUCAAGUCAUUGGGGCAUCGGUCUCAUACGAGCAAGCUCCGAAACUUCGACGAACUUCAUUUGAAAGGCGGCGGGACACUUGGUUUUCGUGGCGAGGCUCUUGCUAGUGCCAACUAUCUGGCUACGAUCAAAAUCACAACUCGAACAGCCCAGGAUCCCAUUGCAUCACUACUUCUCUUAAACACAAAAUCAGGCGGGAUUAGCAGACAACAACCUGUUUCCGCUCCUGUCGGAACGACUGUCCAAGCUUUGAAUUUGUUUCAAACCUUUCCUGUUCGGAAGCAAAAUGCUAUCAAAGUGAGCCGAAAGACCCUGGGAGAUAUCAGACGACUUCUAGAGGGUUAUGCGAUCACACUUCCACACAUCAGACUCUCGUUCAAAGUGCCCGGUAGCUCAAUUCAGCCUUGGGUUUACACACCAUGCUCAGCACCAAGCACGCGAGAGGCAAUCACACAAGUGUUUGGUAACACUCUUACAACCCAGCUCGUGGCGGUAUCAUCAGACUCUCACGCUGGAGGAACUUCAACCGAAGUACAGUCCAAAAAAUUGAGAAUUGUAGCCUCCUUGCCUAAGCCUGACUCCGAUGCCAAUAUCAUCAAGGGGAAGGGAGCUUUCAUCUCGGUCGACUCACGACCUAUUUCAUCGUCCAGAAGCACGGGAAAGAAGCUAGUUGCUAUUUUCAGAUCGAGUAUUUCCGCAGUUCUAAACUCACACGACAAAUCGCGAGCGCCCUCCAACGCAUUUAUGCAACUUAGCAUUCAGUGUUCACCUGGAUCAUAUGACCCCAAUGUGACGCCCUCGAAAGAUGAGCUUCUUUUCGUGGAUGAACCAGCCGUCCUUAGUUGCUUCCAGAAUCUCUGUGAUUCUGUUUACACCAAGAAUGUUUUGGGUGACAAAGAACUUCAACACAAGCUGGUAGCGUCUGAGAAUAGCCUAUCGCCUCUACCAUGGGCUUCGAAGACGGUUGAGACAAGGCUAAGAGACGGAGUACGCCUUGAUGGCAUGGAGAAAGAACUCUUGUUGACCGACCAAGAACUUGUCACUUCUUUGAACGAUGAGCCUGAGAGAGUUCUUGGUGGUACUGACGUAUCUAGAAGUGGCGAAAGGGGUUCUCCUGAUUCACCAAAGAAAACCUCACGAUCUGAAAACCUGGACGGGACGAGGGGUCCUAAGAAAGCCCCAGUAGUUCGGGAGAUGAUGAGGACACGAUUAACAGUAAAUCUUUCACGAAGGGAAACCGCUUCGACCGACCUGGAUAGCACAGAAGAACUAGUUCCUGUGCAUGUUACACCUCGACGGGCUGCCACUCCUCCUGUCGAUGAAUUGCAAUCUAACCCUCGACGUCGAGGAUUGGCUUCAAACCGUCGUUUCGGCAACAUUGAUGACUAUUUUCGUCCAUCAAGAGAUGAGCCGAUCCAAAUUGCCACAGAUGAGACUGCCACGCCCGCAAUUCCUCAUACAAGGAGCUAUUUGACAAGCGCCUCUCAUCAUCGACGCCUUCCGCUGAAAGAACUGUCAGAAUCACUCCUCAACCUAUUUCGUGAAUAUGAGGAAGACGACUACGAAGACGAAAGUGAUGAUGAGUCCGCAUCCGACCUUUCAUUUGCUGGGCCAAAUGCCGUUCCAUCUCCUCACACAUCUCCACGUCGUGAGGCUCCUUCUUUCUUAAGCCAGCCAUUCAGGCCUCUCUUGGGGCAGCAGUCAAUCCGCAAUUCAAUGCCAGACUUGCAAUUAACACUGCCGGCAAAUUUACAAACACCGCCAUCAUCAGACCCUACUGGUGCUGAUAACUCAACUCGUCGUGAUUCUCGUCGACAAUCCACCAACAAUAUGUUGGCCAGAGCCCAGAGGUUUUCUCGGGGUAGUCUGAUACCAUCAGUCAACAGGCGAAGCGGCGACGAGCUGAGACAAAGCCGCUUGCUCCUUGGAAAUGGUCCCACAGCAUCGCAAGGCAGACGUCGAUCGGACCAAGUUUGGUACGGCAAUGGACUACUUAACCGCAGAAAUCCACCGAUGAGCAACAGUCGUGACGACUCGGACGCACAUCUUAAGGAAAUCCCUGGAGAAUCCUCCUCUCAGGCCUAUGCGCAAUAUUGGUUGUCCGAUCAAGCACCACACAAUCAUCAGGCCCCUCGCGAAGGCACGAAGGAUUCUGAACGAUGUCAGCCCCAAAGCAACAAGCCGUGGUCGCACACUCUACAGGUGUUACUUCAGAGAACACCACCACCACAAGCCACAUGGUCGGACGAAGAAGCUGGUGGUGGAUACAGCCCAGCACCGCUAGAUCAUAUUCAUGAUCAGCACAAAGAGGGAGUCGAGUCGAGAUCUUUCAAGCGGCAGAGGCGCUGUUCAAGCGUUUCGACUUCGGAAAGCGCAGGGUUGGAUUCUAGACGUCUUCUCAUGAAGCGAGAGCGUAUUCGUGCAAACGGAGGGGGGUUGAAACGCAUUGCGUCGACAAAACUUCCACUUGAAACAAUAUCACAAACUGAUUCCACGCUGAACCUCUCAGUCAAGAUCGAAGUUCAAAUUGGCGAGCUACAAGCUGCUACUCUUGAGUUCAUGAACUCUGGACUAGCUACGAAACCAGGCCUAGCCCUACAAUUCAGAAACAUGGAUGAGGUCGAAGAGGUUGACAGGCGAUUGAGACAAGUUACGGAGUCGUGGCUGAAAGGAAACCCAUCUAUCACGGUGGAGUUCACAUUUCGAUCUGAAGUGAAGGGCAAAUCGAAGGCGUAA